UUCUCGGCGGCCGAGCUGGUGCGCUCCGCGCCGGCCCCGCUGCAGCCCUACCUGCGGCUCAUGCGGCUGCACCAGCCCGCCGGGACGUGGCUGCUGUACCUGCCGUGCACCUGGAGCAUCGGGCUGGCGGCCGCGCCCGGCUGCCUCCCGGACUGGCGCAUGCUGUCCCUGUUCGGCGUGGGAGCCGUGCUCAUGAGGGGGGCCGGCUGCACCAUCAAUGACAUGUGGGACCGCGACUAUGACAGACAGGUUGCAAGAACAGCAAGCAGACCUCUGGCAGCUGGAGAUAUYUCCACUUUUCAGUCCUUGGUUUUCCUUGGGGGACAGCUCAGCCUGGCACUSUGUGUGCUUCUGUGUCUGAACUACUACAGUAUCAUUCUGGGAGCAGCCUCUUUGUCCCUUGUAAUCACCUACCCUCUGAUGAAGAGAAUAACAUACUGGCCACAGCUAGUUUUGGGACUUACAUUUAAUUGGGGAGCCCUUCUUGGCUGGUCUGCCAUCAGAGGGUCGUGUGAGUGGUCUGUGUGUUUGCCCUUGUACUUUGCUGGAGUCAUGUGGACGCUCGUGUACGACACCAUUUAUGCACAUCAGGAUAAGAGGGACGACAUCAUGAUYGGUGUGAAGUCAACUGCACUGCAGUUCAAGGAGGACACAAAACAGUGGCUCAGUGGCUUCAGCCUGGCCAUGCUCCUGAGCUUGUGUGUGGCAGGGAUGAAUUGCAAUCAAACCUUCCCRUAUUACUCGGCUGUGGCUGCUGUUGGGGCUCACCUGGCACACCAGAUCUACACUUUGGACAUAGACAAGCCUGAAGACUGUUGGAAGAAAUUUUCUUCAAAUCGUACUGUAGGAAUUCUGCUCUUCRUAGGGAUUGUGCUUGGAAAUCUGUGGAAACAAAAAGACUUCAAAAAUGUAGAAGAGCCUUUUGAGAACAGAUAGUUGAARUCACUAUACUAAAUUUUAGAUUAACUAAGAUGUAAAUAUUUUAAUAAGGAAAAAUUUUAAUAUAAGCAUAGCUGCUUUAUAUAGUUUAUUUAUAAAAGCUGGUGAAGACAUUCUUGUUUCUGAAAUCAUGCAAUUGAGAUGAUCCUUCAGUGGAAGUUUUGAUUAUCUGUGAAUAACUUCAAUCUGCAUAGAAGGUUAAUAAGAGAAGCUGCUCUGCUGGUCCUGUGUAGUAUCAGCAAACUUCUGUGAAGCUCUGUAGACUGUGAACCCAAGAUUUUUUAUGACACAGGUGUCUCUUAGUGGCAGCACAUGUUAAAAUGCAAAAUGAUUUCCGGAUGUAAAUAAAAUCUGGCCGUACAUGUUUGAUGGUCUGGUUUAUUACAAAGGGAGUUUUCAGUUUGAGUUGGAGCUUGCUGCAUGAAAGAAUUGCAGUAUCUAUUUUUAUCCUGGGAUAUCUAGGAUCAUUGAGGACUCUGAGCAUGAGGUCUACAAUAAGGAGUCAAUAGAGAGUUAUUUAAGACCUUUUGCUGCUGCUGGGAUUGCUGCAGCARGUGCUUUCCAUGUGAAGAAGACAGGCUUCUGUAAAGUUGCAUGCACAAAGUGAGCUGAGCUUGUUUGUCAACAGUGAUUUGAACACAGACUAACGACUUCAAACAAAAACAGAGCACCCCAGAGCUGUUGCCGAGUGUGUGUGACCAGUGGUUGACCCUGAGCUACAACUUCAUCAUGCAAGCUGUUGAUAUUUUUUGAUUUUUGUUUUUUAAUUCCGCUUGUUUUGACUCAAGCCUACUGGUUUUAUUUGCAGUCUCACUGGAUGGGAUGCCUAGAAACAAUAAAAAUAGCAAGUGCAGGCCAACUAAAUGGCCCUUACACAGAAGUUAAUCUUAAAUAGGGUUUAUGUUUUUUUUGGGGGGGAAAGCAUUAAGUUGAAGAAAAGCAGUUUAAAAAUGAAAACCAGUAAGUUUCUGAUGGAUUAUGUAACAGCUGCAUUUUGGAGAAGGAUARUUCAAUGCAUCCAUCUUCAUGUUGGACAUUUUUUUUAGCCAUUAACUAGUAAUUAAAAAGUCAUGAUGCAAUUAGUAUGGAUCAGUUUCUUAAUAAUAGUAGUAUUUCUUUAGAGAGAUGGCAAAAAUUAUUCAUCUGUAUAUAAAACAUACUGAAGUGUUUUUAAGUGUUUUUUAAGAUUUGGGAAGAGCACAUGUUUUGUAAUGCCUUUGAAUGCUCUCUUUCCAAAGGCUCUUUGUCUCAAGUGUUUGUCUUGUAAUGAGAAGAAGAAAAAGGUGYAGCUAAAUAGAGUAAAAAUUAAUUUUUUAU